GAGAGGCUGCUGGCCCAGACUAUGAGAGAACUCAGGGCCUGCCGAAUGGGGUGCCGCUCAGGAGCUUGGUGCAACUGGAGAAAGAACCGCUAGAACCACGCUGGAACUACCUAUUUCAAGCGCUACAGCGAACUAUGGCACAACUGGAACAGCGGGAAGAGCUUCUCCGGGCUAUGAGAGGCAAGGAGCCGAGUGGCCACCAGCUCUUCGGUGGGUGCGAUCCUCCGCUGUUUGGACUGGAAGCAAGGCGAGUGAUGGAGGAGUGGCCAAUGCAGGAGGAGGUGAGGCGUCAAGUGGUUGAGGCUAUGAGAGCUCAGAAUGAGCAGCUGGAGCGCCUGCAGAGGGAAAAUGGCAAGAUGCAGAGCUACCUCAAGGAGAUCAAAACCUGGAGCAUCAUGGAGAUCGGGCUUUGGGGCAACGUGAGCAACCUCAAGGAGAUCGGGCCUUGGGGCAGCAUGAGCAGCUACAAGGGGGUCAAGCCUUUGUACCUGCAGGGCAGCUUCGUGGAGUUCAAGAUGUCCCUGGAGACGGACCUGCAGGGUCGCAAGAAGGCCGACCUCGGGGAGUUCAGUUUCAGACUACAGAUGGCCAAGGAGAUAGUCAGGACAAGACUCUUCGAGGCCCACGCAGCCUAUCCCGCCUCCUCCGGCUUCAGCUCCAACGGCAACGAACCCCUUGGAGGACUGGCUGUAUUUGGUGGAGCAACAGGUGGGCAGCUUGGCGGCCGGGGCUUCUACAUGGUGGGCUAUGGCAAGUACCAAUCGUCCACGCCGAUACAGCGGUUGUCGGUCACCUCGGAGCUGGCAGCAGAAUGGGAAGAUGCAAAGUAUAGUAAGCUGGAGAAGAGAGUUUCAGCUCUCUUGGUGGGAGCUCUUCCGCAGCAGAUGAAGGAAGAGAUGGUUGCGUAUAGGGUGCGGCGAGUGCACCAGCAGCUGUUUCGUUUGCUGGUCAACUACCAGCCAGGUGGAAGCACGGAUCGUGCAUUGGUGUUGGCCCAGCUGGAGCCAAAGGACUGCCCUGCAGAUGCAGCUGAAGUCGUUGCUGCAUUGAGGCGAUGGUUCAGGUGGCUUCAACGGGCCCAAGACUUACAGCUUUCCCUGCCGGACCCGUCAGUGCAGAUUCGGUCUUUGUCAGCUAUUACGAAGAAGCUGGCAGACAAGAACUCGGACCUCCAGUUCAAGAUUGCCUUGGCCAAGACGGAGCUUCGUGUUGAGAGCAGGCCAACGCAAGACACUGCUUUGAGAUUCUUCCAGCACCUUCUGGCUGAAGCAGAGCAGCUUGGCCCGGCAAAGACGCAAAGGAAUACGGCGACGGCCAAUGCUACGACCUCCUCUACUACCACCGUGGAUCCAAAGACAAAGGGGGCACAAGUGACGCCAAAGAGCCAGCCUACGUCUCCCAAAGAGGGCAAAGGGGAAGGAAAAGGCCAGGUGUGCAAGUGGUUUCUGACGGACCAAGGGUGCGGGCGCGGCCGAGGAUGUCGGUACCUACAUGAUUGGACGCAGGUCGUGAAGGCAGAGCGAUGUCUGGUUUGUGGGUCAAAGCUGCACAAGGUUCGUGAUUGCCCGCGAAAGGAUACCGAGCCAGCAGGAGAUGGUUCUACAGUGAAGGGCUUGAAUAAGAAGGAGCUCAAGGUUGCCCUUGCAUCGCCGCAAGCGCCGCCUAGCACAGUGCAGGCGCAAGCCCAACCUACUCUACAACAAGCGUCAGUGAACGUGGAUGCAAUGACAGCUGCGGCUAAGGCGGCAGCCGACCCUCCUCUACCUCCUCCUUCUGGAGAUGCUCUUCGAGAAGCCCUGGCAGAGACGAACAGGGUGCUCAAGGCCCUGACUACGCCAGCAGAAGCAACAUCUACUCCAGCGGGAUCCACAAGCGGUGCUUUACAAGAUCCUCUUCGUCUACUGCAAGCUCAGCUGGGAACUUUGCGAAGGCUACAACGAGCAUCAGUGAACUCCGAGGGUGAACGAGUCGCGCUUUUAGACUCAGGAGCUAGUCACGCCUACAGGUCGGCCUAUGAUGAGGAGGAGCGCAACAAAGCUGUGCCGGUGAAUGUGAAAUUGGCGCAGGGGGAGGCUACCAUCCUACAGAACCAGGCCGGCACCUUGAUUGGAGAGGACAAGGCAGAAACUUUGGUUCCUUUGGGUCAGCUGGUGGAGGUUCUCAAUUGCAAGGUCCACUGGACAAAAGGGCGAUUGACAGUGCUUCAUCCUGUUCAUGGCCGGCUUCGUGUUAAGGUUCGGGACUUCUGUCCAGAGUUGGCGGAACACGAGGCACUCCGAUUGAUUGCCGAGUUGGAACAGAAGCGGCUAGAAGAGAUGGGUGAGACAGUUCGAGCUUUGGAGAUGAAGGUUGCCGAGUGCGAGUACCAGAUGGAAUGGUUUGACCAUGUGAAGAACUAUGUGGCCUCCGGCGAGCGCGUCGACCUCCUUGCGUCGAUUGCGAGCGCUCCGUUCUUCAAGGACCUCCCAAUGGACUUCAAGGCUAUGGCCGCAGAGGGAGUACCUACAGGGGACAAGGGUGGCUGGUUGCUUCUCAAGGCUAUGCCGUGGUCGAGGAGAAGAAGAAGAACGCUGUACCAAAGCCACGAUUGGAACUUGCACCUGUUUUCUGGACCGUCUGGAAAAAAGAAUGGCAGCUCUACGGCAAAUAAGUUGUCUCAGAUCGAAGCUACGGGACCCAAGGUGGAUGUGGACCUUCUUGACUCCAACCUCAUGGACCUGGGAAGAGCCAACGGCGUUUACAAGCUGUUGCUAUGGGCGGCAGCUCAAGGACGCCUACGUACCAUCAUAGGUGGUCCACCUCGGCGAUCCUAUUUCUCUGUGGAUCCGGAGCGCCGUGUCAAGGAGGAUGGACUCAAGGCGAGGAUGCUUAUCCUUGGGAUGGUGGCUAUGGAGGGACGAAAGCAGUUGCGAAAUGAGCGUGUUGGGUUUUCAAUGGAGCACCCCAAUGUGGAUGAUGAGACGGGCUUUUGGACGAGCCCUAUGUGGCGGAACUAUGCGCGUGCUCAUGAUAUGCAGCUCUGGACAACGGGAAGGGGUGCAACAGGAACCAACAUGAAUAUGCGGUCCAUGGAGCCUUUGACCUCAUCUACUACCUCCGGAGGAGCGUGGACAGACGACUACAUUAAAUGCGUUGAGAGCGCAGUCAUGUCGUGGAAUGGCUUUGCGGAGGGGGACUCGGUGCUAUGCUACAUGAUACCCGGCGAGAACUUUGUGAGAAUUGGAAAGAUGUCGAAGGGGAAGGCUACAGACACAAAUCAGCACAGGUUCAUGCUGGUAUGCGCCUACCAGUUUCCAAAGCUGCCGGGGACCUCUGAAGUUCAGAAGGAGUCAGUGGAGGAAGACAGAGGAGCUGGGAUUGGGGAGAUGUUCUGUGAGGAGGACGAAGUCUUUCACGACCAUGCGGGCGUGGCCGAAGAGCUGGAUCAGGACGACGUGGAGUUUUUGGUUGCAGAAGCUAUUGCGGAAGCAGAAGGCGAACCCAGUCUUGAUGGACGCAAUGCAGCCGAGAGCCGCGACAAGGACCCAGCCGAGAGCCGCAACAAGGACACAGCCGAGAGCCGCGUCAAGGACUUAGACCCAGAGCGCGAGGCAGUGGAAGCAAGCGAACCCUUCGAGUACUCAAUGGCCUACUUCAUCCGUCCUCUACGUUCUCGUAAGUCAGGAGAAGCCCUACGAGCUUUACAGGAAAUCUACAUAGAUCUGAAGAUGUUGGGGUUGCCUGUCAAUAGACUACAUGCAGACCGAGCCAGAGAGUUCAGGACACCUGCAGUGGGAGAAUGGGCGGCUUCACGAGAUAUUCAGGUGACGCGAACAGAAGGCGAUGCCCCUGCACAAAAUGGUGCGGCCGAGCAAGCAGUGAAGUACAUCAAGUCCAGGACUCGAAUACUGCUUUCGUCAGCUCAAGAGCUCAGUGGCUACAAGGCGAAGGAUGUCAAGACUUGGUGGCCCCUGGCGGCUGAGACCGCCGCGGCUAGACAAAGGGCAAUGGCGUUUGGUCAGGAGGUGAACUCCCCCACGGGCUUCGGAAACAAGGUCUUCGCGAAGAGAAAAUGCUACGGGGCGGUUGCAAGAGAUCUGGAUCCCAAGUGGGGCCCGGCCAUCUACCUGGGGCCGGCAAGAGAUGUACCUGGUGGCCACAUCGUGCUAACGGAGGAUGGUCAUCUUUGGAACACGUGUAAUGUUCGUCAGUUGGCUGAUGUACCGAUGGAGCCAGACCCUUCUACGAUGGUGACGCGGAAGAGAAUCUUGGGGAAGAGACCACCAAUCGCACCUAUCCCGUUGAAUACGCUGAAGGUGUCUACGUUAAGCAAACCUGCGGGGACCGAGCCAAGCACAGCGAUAACCGAGUCCUACGUGAUCCCUGAGCUAAAGUCCACGGCUAAGAUUGAGUACCUCCCAGACAAAGACAAGAUGAAGACGCUGGCCCAGGUUUCUGGUGAGAAGGAAUGGUUUUCUAUAGAGGACUGCCUCGCCAUUUUGGAGGAUAUUCCCUUCAGGAAGCCAAAUAGGACCCGAGCGCAGGAGACUUGGGGUGAAGCGGAUCCGGAGGUCUAUGUUGUCUUUGGGGCCUAUCAGCAUGGAGGUUUCUCGGGCAUCACCAGAGCGACCCAAAGGUAUGACGACUUGGUGAAGUACCUGGUGAAGUUCCUCAAAAGGCACUCCGGAGCAGAAGACCCUUUCACGAGCGUUGCGGUGGCCAGGAACUUGGGUUCUGGAAUACAUAAAGACCGAUACAAUAUUCACGGGAAAAGGAAUGUGGUCAUCUCGAUGGGCAGCUUUGAGAACGGUGGCCUUUGGAUUCAGGGGGAACAUGACGGGCUACCCCUUCAAGCGCAGAGGCUCCCCGAUGGCUCGGAGGUGAUGGGCUCAGUGGUUUCUACCAAGAACUGCGUGACCAAAUUCGACCCGAGGAGGUGGCAUAAGUCGAUGCCGUGGAAGGGAACAAAGUGGUCGGUCAUUGGCUACUGCAAUCGAGGCUUCAACAGGCUUCGAGAAGAUGAUGUUCAAGAACUGUUGAGCUACGGGUUUCCUCUUCCACCACGAGAUCUUCCUACUUUAACACAGCUGAGGUCUCAACCAGAGGCCGACGAGUUCGACUAUUGCGAGACGUCAGAUGAGGAGGAGAUUGUGACUAUGGCUAAAAUGGUGAAUGAGGAUGAGCUUGUGUUGCUACAGAACGCCUUGGACGAGGAGGAGAAGUUGGAAGCUAAACUAGCGAGCUCAAGCAGCAAGGAGGAGCUUCAGCCUGUUGUCGAAGCUAAUGUCAACAUCAUGAUGAAGUGUGCUCGUUUGGAAGCGGUGGCCUUGGAGGAGUUUCAAAAGGAUGAGGUGAACGACAGCAUGGAGUGGUUUCGCCUAUGCCGUAUGGUUGAAGGAGAUGAACAACACGGUGUGGAGGAAGUACUCAGGAACCUACAGUCCCCUCUACAAGUGGUGUAUACGAUGUCGCUUACGGAGGUGCGGGAAAACGUGGAAGCUUGGAAGCAGGCUAUUCAGAAAGAAGUGGACGCGCUGAUUUCCUGUGGUGCUCUGGUGCGUAUGGAUUCAGCCGAAGAAGAUCGACUUCGUCGGGAGAACCGUCUGGUGGUGCUCCCAGCAAAGGGAGUAUUUACAGUUAAACCUCCGGACUUUGUGGAGAAACCCGAGGGCGGCGAGACCAUAGACUCUGUGAGCCAGGAGGAGACUACUCAAAAGGAAGCGGCCAUAAAGUCAACAGACCAGGUUGCGUUCACCAAGGGAGUCCCCACCGUAAAGUCCACAGACCAGGUCGCGUUCACCGAGGGAGUCCCCGUAAAGUCCACAGACCAGGUCGCGUUCACCGAGGGAGUCCACGUAAAGUCCGCAGACCAGGUUGCGUUCACCGAGGGAGUCCACAAUAGGUCAGACGAGCAGGAAGCAUGUGCGGGGUCUACGUCAAGUCACAGAGAUGAUCGACUUAGGGCAAAGGUCGCUCCUACCCAGAGGUGGUUUAAGCGUAAAGCCAGGCUGGUCAUAUGUGGCAACUACGAAAAGCACAUAGCCGAAGACCUAUAUGCUGGAGGAUGUCAGACGGAGACGCUCAGGGUGAUGAUAUCACAUGCAUCUGGAGAGCCUACGUGGGACGCAGCAGUUACUGAUAUACGCAACGCUUUUCUGCUAGCGCCUAUGUCCACGGAUGCUGUAUAUGGACUCCGUUUUCCUAAGGUCUUCCUCCUUGCGCUGGGGCCAGAGUGGGAUUGGCUUUACCGCGUAGACAGAGCUCUCUACGGAUUCAGAAGAUCUCCUCGGCUUUGGGGGCUUUUUCGAGAUGCCAGGUUUCGCAAUGCAAAGUUGAAGGUCGGGGAAGAUAUAGCAAUCCUCAAAAGGCUCACGGCGGACGAGAAUGUGUGGAGGGUUGUAAAGGUUCCCCGGACGCCACAGGAGCAGGAGGAGACGAUCGCCUACAUCAUCGUCUAUGUCGACGACAUUAUGUAUUUGGGGCAGCCGUCGGUCAUUUCGACAGUGCAUGAGUGGCUAAGCUCAGAUUGGACGGCGAGUUCCUUGACGUGGGCAUCCUCAUCAGAUGGGAUCAGGUUUCUGGGGCUGGAGGUAUAUAAGCGAAAAAACGGCUACUUUAUGUGCCAGCUUGGCUACCUGACAGAGCUGCUCAGGCAUCAUGAGCUUAGCAGUGGGCCCGGUGCCAGAACACCGUGCCCUAGAGAGUGGUUGCUAGGCGAGGUGACUACGGAGCAGACAACCUAUGAGGAGCCGUCUUUGAGACGGGCACAAAGGCUCACGGGGGAGCUGUUGUGGCUCUCGACGAAGUCACGCCCAGACAUCAUGCAUGCUGUGGCGUCGAUGAGCUCCCUCUGUUUGAGAGACCCAAUAUUGGUCGAACGCAUCGGCCUUAGGGCGUUAUCAUACCUGUACUCGACGCUGACAGUAGGCUUGAUGUUUUCAUGCGUCAAGGGAAGCGAGAUCAAGCUUACAGCAUUUUCAGACGCGUCGUUUUCUCCAGCAGGCGGACGAUCUGUGGGAUCGUCCCUGGUCACAUACCGGGGCAAUCCAGUGGCAUGGAAGGCUGGAAGGCAGAGUUUGAUUUCUCUUAGCACUGCAGAGUGCGAGUUGAUAGAGGCUGUAUCGGCCUCGCAGCUACAGUUGGGCAUAAGCAUGCUGGUGGAGGAGCUGAAUGAUGGGCCGCCCCAGCUGCUACUGCUUGUCGACAACUCAGCUACGGUGAGCUUGUGUAACGACGCGCCAGGAACAUGGCGCACCCGCCACUUGCGCGUGAGAGCUGCCAAUCUACGAGAAGCGGUUCGCGAGGGUCGAAUUGAGAUUCGACACAUCGCAGGGAUAUACCAGAAAGCCGAUUUAGGAACAAAGUGCUUUGAACCAGCACGACUUCAAGAGCUUAUGGAGCUUUGGGGGCUGGUGCACUUUGACGAGUCGGACAAGGAGAGAACUGAUAACAGUCUGGCGUCUCUAAGUAUUCCUACAGAUGUUGCGGAGGCCGUUUUGGCAGGCUUGAAAAAAUGCUGGACGUGCGCAUUGACCAAGUUGGCCACGCUGCUAAUCUUCUUGGCGAACCCGGCGGAAGCCAGGGGCACCCAGGAGAGUAUCCAGGUGUCCUUCCCUUGGGAGCUAUACACUACAUUGGCAGUAUUCGUGGUGGCGGGCAUCGCAGUGUGGGAGCUUUUGAAGAGACUCUGGCAGCGACUCAAUCCUGAGGAAGUUGAGUCACGCGAGGCACGGAGAUUGAGAAAGCUCCAGGCGGCGGUCAGAGACGAGCUACAAGGUAUGGGACUGCAAGGCACCCCUACCAACGAUCGAGUUCGUGACCGAGAUGCGAUGAGGUUCUCGCCAGGGCAAGAACAUACCUACAGGAGGAGCACCACAAGCGCAGCCUCAUCUUGGGAAGCUGCACCUGCCCCUCCGCCUCCGGCACCGUUCCCUACAGGCACCGGGGACGAACCAGUUUUUCGAAGACGACGAGGAGGAACCCGCGACCAAGGGGUUCAGACCGAGCCUAGGCGAAUCCUGGGAGAGGUUACGCUGUCAUAUGGACAGACUAUUUACACAACCAAAGGCGGGAAGUGCAUUCAUUCGAGGAAUACGUGUUCCUCGCUGACUGUUGGUGGUCGGGUUGAUGAGAAGCAUCUAUGUCAGCUAUGCAACCGCGGCUAA